AUGGGUCGUAUACCAACCGCGGAACUUAGCAGAUAUCUUCUGUAUGGCCAACUGAGCCGGCGAGGAUGUCUGCGAGGCGGUAUUACCCGCAUCUCGACAACAUCAGCUCUUCGCCAGUCUCGAUUUUUUUCGACUCAGAUCGACACGCCAGCCGGUGCUGCACCUGCGAACGUCCCUUUAACGCCCCUCCGCAAAGAGCUCAAGGAACAAGCCAAGGCUCUUAAGGCUUCAGGAAAGAAAAAGAAAAAGAAUUCCGACAACCAGACUGUCCCUGGAUGGGAAUUGACGGUGGGCAUCGAGAUUCAUGCCCAACUUAACACCGCCCGCAAGCUGUUUUCCCCUGCAGCCACGUCCUUUAAUGACACACCCAACAGCCAUGUAGCCCUGUUUGAUGUAGCAAUGCCUGGCUCACAGCCACUUUUUCAAGCAGAGACACUCAUCCCCGCUGUCCGUGCUGCCCUCGCCCUCAACUGUACUAUCCAGCCCAUUAGUCGUUUCGACAGAAAGCACUACUUCCACUGGGAUCAACCCGCCGGUUACCAGAUUACCCAGUACUACCACCCUUUUGCCCGAGAUGGCCGCGUUAUGCUUUAUGCUCGUGAUGGCAUUGCUGCCGAGGACGGAGAAUGCAUCGAGAUCGGAAUUCGCCAGAUUCAAAUGGAACAAGACACAGCCAAGACGACCGCCGUGCCAGGCAACGUUCACUGGCUAGAUUUCAAUCGAGUCGGCGUUCCACUAAUUGAGAUCAUCACCCUUCCUGAAAUACACCACCCAGCAACAGCAGCUGCUCUGGUUCGGAAGGUGCAGAUGUUACUCAAUUCGGUCGAUGCAUGUGUGUCGGGCAUGGAGACGGGUGGUUUGCGUGCUGACAUCAAUGUGUCAGUAAGGAGAGUUCAAGACAUUGCAACAGGAAAGUUGGGAACAAGAACGGAAAUCAAGAACUUGAGCAGUUUCAAGGCCGUGGAGGAUGCCAUCAUUGCUGAGCGCGAUCGCCAAAUUGCCAUUCUGGAAGCUGGCGGUGUCGUGUUGGGCGAGACUCGUGGAUGGUCACUCGGGAACACCGAAACUCGCCGUCUUCGUGGAAAGGAAGGUGAAGUUGACUAUCGUUAUAUGCCUGAUCCAGACCUCGGCCCCGUUGUAAUCGGAGAGGAUCUGGUCCAGCACCUCAAGGGUACUUUGGGAGUGUUGCCAGAUGCCGAAAUCGAUGAGUUAAUUGAGCUUUACGGCCUGACGACCAAAGAUGCGAUGUCGCUCAUUCAACUCGAUAAUGGCGCUCGAAUCCAGUACUUUUACAACGUGUUGGACUCGCUGGAGGAGCGUCUGCGUGCCGCCGGCAGUGCCUCUCCCAACUCCGACUCACCGGCCGGUCAACGUCAUGCCCUUCUCGCCGCAAACUGGUGCCUUCACGAGCUGGGCAAGCUUACUGAAGUUUCAGCUGAUCUAGGCAUGACACCUGAUGGAGAGUGCAAUGUCCCUUCUGUCGACCUGGCUGCCAUCCUGUUCCACUUGCACCGCCGAGAGAUAACAGCCAAGGUAGCCAAGGAACUUUUGUGGGCUGUUUUCCGCGGGCAAAUACCUCGUGGUAAGGUCACUCAGGCCAUCGAGGCGGACGAUCUUUGGUUCAACGAAUUGUCGGAACAAGACUAUGCCGAGCUUGCAGAUAAGGUAGUUGAGGGUGAGGACAAAGUCUUGGCCGAGUUUUUGCGAUUCAAACAAGGCAAAAUCAAAGCCUACCCACAGGGCAAAUUAAUGUUCCUUGUUGGGAAAAUCAUGAGGGCUGGUCCGGAGGGUCGCAUGGAUCCUGAGUCAGCAAAAAGGGUCUUGAGAGAUCGGAUCGAGCACGUGUACCUUCCACACAUGGAGGGGCAGUGA